GAGAGCCACUGUUCUAGAGCUUAGCGAUUUUCGGUUGACCCGGAAAGACAAUCGGUGUAACUUUUAUAACUUUAUUUGCAGGUUACCAGUUACCACUACCCUAACCUUUGCUGAGACAGAAGGGCAUACACUAUAUUUUUUAUUUUUUUCUCAAAUUCAUUGUGAGGUAGGCUAAAUUUUACAAAUUUCAAAGGCACGAUAGUUAAUCAAGUAAAAUCAUAUUGAAGCUAUAUUCAAUGGUAAUAGUGGUAACCGGCGAUCGUCCAGCUUAAAGUUUAAGUGUCUAAAUUCACAAUCACAAUAAUUAAUAAUGAAUAAUGAAUCAUCAUGUUGUAUUUUAUUAUGGCUGAGGCUAUUCGGACCCGGGUCCGGGAAGUGAGAGUUUGGGUUUAUUUUAAAAGAUAUUUAACAAUUAUUGUAGGGUUUGUAAGUCAAAAUUUGGGGUAAAAGUGCUGUUCAGGUGCGUAUAUUAUUAUUUCUUAACGGAUUUCGUAUUAUCUUAUCUCAACUUAGGUGUAUUCUUAAAAUUCUUUAUUAAUUAAAUACUAUACAGUGUGAAAUUUACUUAACUAAUACUGAUUUUACUAAAUUAUACAUCACCUUUUUUCUUUGAUUUCUAAAGAGUCUUUAAAUAUCCCCCGACCAAAGUUACAUAGCUGAUAGCCCCAUUUGUUUUGUUUUUUUAAAAAUCAACCUGUGGCCAGAUUUUUAACCACAUAUAAGUUAGUAUGUAAUAACAAAAUUUUCAAAUGGUAGGCAUGUUCACAAAAAAUAAUGAAAUACUGGAUUGGUAAAUGUUGAUAAAUCUCCCCAGGGUUUCCGCCAUCUUGGUUGACACUGUCACUAAACCUAAGCCUAAACUAAAUGUAUCCCUAUGCCUAACCUGAACCCUAAAUCGAACCCUAUGUCUAACCUGAUCCCUAAAUUGAUCCCUCAACCUAACCUAAACCCUAAUUCACUGCAACUAUAAUAAACACGCAAAUGACGUCACAGGGAUGAUAAUGAAAAUUAGCCACUGGGAUUUUUCAUUACGCAUGAGGCCCCCCUUUCUAUUUUUUCCCCUCAGAGCACUUGGAGUAUACGGGUUGUCCCUUGAAGUCGGGGGGGGGGGGGAGGAUUAGAAGUGGAUCACCGACUAAGGCAGCGGACACACAAGUCAACAUUGUCCUGGAGGGGAACGGAGAGGUUGGGGGGGGGAGGGGGGGGGGGGGGGGGGGGGGGUCCCCACAAAUAUGUGCCAAUGUGUCAUCAUGUUUCCACUUUUAAAAAAAAAUAUUUGUGGCGUUGCAGAAAUGGGAGAAAUCGGAAUGAUAUCAUGGGGUCAUUUAUUGAUAGUCAUCUCAUACUGAUGGCUGCAAUACGUUUUCCGUGAUUGGUCAGCUCUAAUUUGAGCACCCCUCCCCUUUAUUCAUAGGCAAAUGCGCUUAUUAAUGGUGCUUAUUUGCGCUAAGUAAAAUGAGGGCGAGGGCUAGUGAUUAUAUAUAAUAAGACAUACUCGUUUUGCGGUAUUGCUGGUAGUGGGAUCAUUUUGUUCAAAAUGGCAGGACGACCAAGAAACAAUAAUUGAAAUUAUAUAUUUUUUUUCAUGCAGCUGUGUCGAUAACUCUCUGAAAAUGGGCAUGCACUGGGGUAACAUGGCGACUAAUGUACGUGGUGUGAUCAUCUACAGUCUUUCACCAUAUGAACAGAAGGCUUUUGCUGGAGCUAUUUCUAAGGGUGUUCCGAAUAUGUUUCGACGCUUUAAAAAUCAAGUUUUCAGAGUGGCUCCCCGUAAGUAGUAACUAUCUAAUGAAAAAUAAAAAUGCAUCUAAGUGCCAUCAUUUUAUUAUUUUUUUUUAAAAACAGAAUGAGAAUUAUUUUCUAUAAUAUUAGCUGUAAAUAAAAUGGAUAAUUUCUUGCUGGAGUAGAUAAUAAUUAUUUCUAUUUUUUGGGUAACUACUAGUGUUUUUAUUAGAUGGAAUAUUGCCAAUGUGCUAAAAUGAACAUUCACUAAUAACAGACCAUUUAAACAGGUGAGAGAGCCAUGACAAAAAAUGUCUAUUUAUUUGUGUGUCUUCGCUUUCAGCUUUCAUCGUUGGUUACCUAAUCUACGACUGGGCCAUUAAAGAACAUGAAAGGCUUCUGCGUAAAAACCCCUGUGACUACGCCAACGAUGAAUAGAUAAACAGAAAUAUGGUGGUUUUCAUUAAACUCAUUUCCAUCUAUUUCAUUUCUCAUGUUAAAAAUAGUUUUGAAUUUCAAAAGCAACCAAGCUGUAUACAAAUUACAAUGUUAAAUACAAAUUAAUUUAUUUGAAACUCUUACUUGUGUUUUUUUAAUUUAGUGCUGUUAACGAUAGUUUAUAUAACACAAUGUUGUCAAAUGUUAGCUUAUGAUAGUUUGUAAAACACAUCAAAUGGUAGUUUGUAAAACAAAUGCUGUAAAACUAUAGUUUUUUAAAUACUUCUUGCGAUCUAUUGAUAUGUUGGCUUAACCCAGCAUAAGUUUGUAAGUGUAUACAUUACUUGGAAUUUCUGCUGUGAUAGGAAAGAACAUCACUCUAGUAAAAAAAAAAAAUGCCUGGUAGGCCUUGAGGGUACAGUGUAAUCAUGCAACAGUGGAGGGUUUUAAAAAAAGAAAUCACACUAGGCCAAUAUCUUUGACAAUGGCUCAAACUUGGGGUUUAACACAAGACAAUCCUGGAGCAACUGUUGGGAGGGAAAUGAAAGUUAAUAAUUAAAUUUCAUUACAAGUUGAAUAACCCCUACUGUGGAUGUUAUUGAGCAAAUGCUUUAAAACUCAUCUUGCAAGACAAUUUUUGUGAAGUAUGAUGUACUUCUCUUUCCUUAAAUCAAAUAAGUUACAAUAUUUAAAAAAAAAAAAAACAUACAUUAUUGGGCAUAAUUAUUUUUUAUUUACAUUAACAUUGUAAUUUACAUCAAUAAUAUGGCAAAACAAUUUCACUUUCUCAAAAUUAAUCUCUAA